AUGAGUCAAUCCAACGAUAAAUGGUCUGCUGAGGCCUAUUCAAAAGCUGCAGGGUUCGUCCCAAAACUCACAACCACCGUUAUUUCCUACCUCUCGGCCCAGCCAACCGACAAAAUCCUCGACAUCGGCUGCGGCGACGGACCCUUGACCGCUCAAAUCGCUGCUUCCAUACCACAAGGCCACAUCCUCGGUCUGGAUGCAUCAGCCUCCUUCAUUCAAACAGCACAAGAAAACCACACGAGUCAAAACUGCAACUUCAAACUCCAAGAUUGUCGCCGUAUCGCCGAGUGUGCUGAGGCGGUCGACGGCUCUUGGGAUAAAGUAUUCAGUAAUGCUGCACUACAUUGGAUUCUACGCGAACCCAGCACUAGGGAUGCAGUGUUCAAAGACGUUUACUCGGCUCUGAAACCGGGUGGUAUCUUUGUAUUCGAGAUGGGAGGAAAAGGCAACGUGGAAGCCGUCCACUCCACUAUCCUCUCCGUCCUAGUAGCAAACGGCUACGCUCUUUCCACCGCUAGAGAGUCGUGUCCUUGGUUCUUCCCCAGCGAUACAUGGAUGACGCGGCAAUUGCAAAAGACCGGCUUCGAAGUCGAAAAAUGCGAAUUGGAGUAUAGACCUACUAAAUGUACUCCGAAAUCUGCAGAUGGGUCUGGUGGCUUGGAAGGAUGGAUAAAAUUGAUGGGGGCAGAGAUGUUGAGUGUUGUAGAGGAAAGCAAGAGGGAGGAUGUCGUGAGGCAGGUUUGUGAUGUUUUGGAGACUGUGGUUACGAGAGAGGAGGAUGGGAGUCAGUAUCUCAAUUAUGUUAGGCUUCGCGCUGUGGCAAGGAAGGCUUAG